GUGAACCGGCUCCCAGGCUUCACUGUAACUUCUGGUAUUCGCGUAGAAUAACAGAAGAACGGUUCGUACUGGAAAAUUUGUACACUUCGCUGAUUUUUGAUCCGUGCGUUAUGCCCCUACGCAGAUAAACAUGGUGAAAGAUACAGGACCCAGUUUCGUUAAGAAACCUUACAUAAGCCAAAGCGAUGACGGUAAAAUACUAACAUUCGCUUGUAAGGUUGCGGCAGAUCCCCGCCCUAUUGUCACAUGGCUAAUGAACAACAAAGAAGUCAAAAAUGCUGGAAGAUAUACUCAGGAGGUGAAGCCAGAUGGAGGAGAUUACAUUGUUUCUAUGGAAAUUAAUGACAUCAGUGAAAGUGAUGCAGGCAACUACAAGGUUUGCGUCAAGAAUACGCAUGGCGAUACGUCCGCCACCAUUGCCCUCAACUUCGGGGGUGUUAUUGAAGAACAAACUUCUACUGGCAAGGAUAUGGAUGGAAUUGCACCAAAUUUCACGAUGAAACCAAAAAUGAGCCAGUCAGAAGAUGCCUCUAAACUAACGAUUGAGUGUGAACUGUGCGCUGUCCCAAGGCCCGACAUCAAGUGGUACCUAGGAGAUAAACAACUGAAAGAUGGAGGACGAUUAAAAAUAGGAUGUGAUGAAGAUGGAGAGUAUUAUUUCUUGUCUUUAGAAAUUAGCAGUCUAACUGAGGUAGAUGGUGGAGAUUAUAAAAUUAUUGCAACAAACAAACUUGGAACAGCUACAAAUACAAUCAAAUUAAACUUUGCAGCUGAUCAAACGAGUCCACCGGUACCACCCCCUGUAGGCGGGACCGGUGCUCCAUCUUUUACUAUGAAGCCAAAGAUCAACCAAUCAGAAGACGGACGCCAGAUAAGUUUCUUGUGCGAGCUGACUGCUGACCCUGAGCCAAAGCUGGCCUGGUACCGAGAUGGCAAGGAGAUUAAGGAUGGCGGCCGUUAUAAGAUGACGGUUGAGUAUGACGAAGGGUACUAUUUUGUUAUGCUGUCUCUCACGGAUGUGACAGCUAAGGAUGGCGGGCAAUAUCAAGUUGUCGCUAAAAACAAGUUGGGCGAAUCCAAAUCUACUAUUGAUCUAAAUUUUGAAACAGCGGAUGAUGUUCCAAAUGACAAGACGCCACCUGGCACUGCUCCUACAUUCUUGGGCAAGCCCACUAUGACCCAAUCAGAGGACGGACAUGAGCUCACCUUCGAAGCAAGUUUGAAAGCUGAUCCUAAACCUAGUAUAGCAUGGUUUUUCAACAACAAACCACUUAAGGAUGGUGGGAGAUUUAAGAUUAAUAUCAAGCAGAGUGCCAAUGUGUUUGUGUUGACACUGAACAUAAAGAAAGUUACUCCUGAUGAUGGUGGUAGUUACAAAAUUGAAGCCAAGAAUGAUCUGGGUGUCAGUACCUCAACAAUCAACCUAAACUUUAACAUCACAAAGGGCAGCAGAGAAGGUGCGCCAUCCUUCAUCGAGAAACCGACAAUCAAGCAAGAGGAUGAUGGACGCCAUCUGAUAUUUGAAGUCAAAGUCAUGGCUGAGCCGUCACCUAACAUCAACUGGUACUUUGGAAACAAGAAGAUAGUAGAUGGUGGUCGGUAUCAGAUUAAGAAAAAAACUCAGGGAAAAAUUCACAUCCUAAUUUUGGAUAUGACUGGUGUAACGCCAAGUGAUGCCGGAAAUUUCAGAAUUGUUGUAGAUAAUGAGAAAGGAGAGGCAACUUCCACUAUUAAUGUUAGCUUUGAGGUGCAAAUUGGAAAGCCUAAAAAGGUUAAGGUGAAUACCUUAAAUCCUCUUCACAUUGACUUCAUCAGCCAUAAAGAGGUCAUUGAAGACUACUCAGAAUCAGUGACUGAGACAGAGACUGAGAUCAUUGAAGAGAAAUUAACUGUUGUUAAACAGUUAAAGGAUCAGGACCUUAUAGAUGGUGAUAGCUUGACACUUCGAGUUAAAUUUUCCUCAAAACCUGUCGCGGUUCAUUGGUUUCUUGAUGGGAAGCAGAUAAAUCCAUCGCCCGAUUACGAGAUGAGAGAGGACGGGGACGAGUACGUCUUGUACAUGGAAGAAGUGUUUCCAGAAGAUGGCGGAGACUACAGUGUUAUUGGUUUAAACUCCUGCAGUGAAGCCAAGUCUAUUUGUGAAGUUUAUGUUGAAGAUUUAUCAAAACCAGCACCUAAACCUGGUAAAAAACCUGAAGAGAAACUGGAAAAAAUAAUAGAAGAACCAGUUGAAGCAAAGAAAGACGCUAGACAGCAGUCAAAACCACCCGCAGGUAAACCAGAACCUGUUGAAAAAAAGCCAGUUGAAGUGAAGAAAGAUGCUAAACAGCAAUCAAAGCCACCCGCAGGAAAACCAGAACCUGUCGAAGAAAAACCAGUUGAGAAGAAGGCGGCGGCACCUAAAGAACAAGCGGCACCACCUGCUGAAGAGAAACCAAUACAGGUUAAAAAGGUGAGCCCGAAAGAGGCUGCAGCGCCAGGUGUAAAAGAUGCUGCACCAGCAGGUAAAAAAGAGGAGACGGUUGCACCUGUAGAUAAAAAACCUGCAGAAAAAGCCCCAUCACCAGGUAAAGGAUCACCAGCGAAGGUGGUACCAGAAAUCAAAGUUCCAACUGAUAAACCUGUUGAAAAUGGUACUAUAAGCAAGCAAGAACAAUUAGAGAAAAUGGAUAACCUUUCACUGACGAACAACCAAACUGGACGCAGAGGGUCUAACGAUUCCAGACGAGGCUCACCAAAGCAAUCCCCAACUCGGAACAGGAAUGGGGAUCAAUCGGAAACUCAAAACCCAUGCUUCAAAAUGAGUCCAACUAAGACUCAAGUUGCGGAAGGUCAGUCGGUCCAAUUUGAAGCUAUAGUUGCAGGAAACCCAAAACCAACAGUCUCGUGGUUGAAGGGAGGUACCAAAAUCGAGAAUGCCUGGAAGGAUCGCUACUUUCUUAAGUAUCAUGCACAAAGGGAUGUUCAUAUCAUGGAGAUUAGAAAAGCCAACAAAGUUGAUGCUACCGGUCACUUUACCUGUAGAGUGGAAAAUGAAAAUGGUAGAGAUGAACGCAUGUUCACAUUAAGCGUAACAGCUCCCUCUGCGGUCAAAGAUAGAGGCAGUAGUAGUGAGCUUGACUUCAGGUCGUUGCUAAAACAUCGUGAAGUUGAAAGGAGAGAAUCAAAAGUAGAUACACCAGACUGGGGUGAACUGAAGCAUGUGGAAGGCGAGGAGAAAAGGUUUGCUGAAGUCAUACGUCCACUGAAAAAUACGAAGGCAUCUGAGCGUGAAGGACGUGCACGUAUGGACUGCGGUGUGAAGUUUGUGGGUGUCAAGCCUAAAUGGUACAAAAAUGGUGAUCAGAUCAAUCCCAGUCGCAAAUACAAAAUGUAUGUACGCGGGAACGACGUUGAACUGGAGAUUAUGGACCUGAAUAUGAAGGACAGCGGCGAAUAUGAAGUUGCCUUCGAGGAAUUAGCUCACACUUCGUGUGAACUGACAGUUUCCCAGCAUCACUGUUUGGCCACAAUGAGCAAUCAGGAAUUUGCUAAGCUGGUUUCUACCGGAGAGUUACCUAAAGAUGCUAAGAAGCCUAAAGCAGAUUUCAUGAGUCUCCUGAAGAACCAGGAGGUGAAGGAGGGUGCAGAUGCUAAAUUUGCAGUUGAGUUGAGUGCUGACAGGAUUGAUUCCAGCUGGUAUGUCAAUGGCAAAAAAGUGACAUUUCGUGAUGUCAAGAAGUAUGAAACAAAGAAACUAGGAAGAAAACACAGCCUGAUCAUCAAGAAAGUUGCCCUUGAAGAUCAGGGUGAGAUCAAGGUUGAGGUUGAAGGUCGUGACAGCAAAGCGAUGCUGAUGGUCAAAGCUCAACCAAAAUUCACAAAACCUCUAAAGGACCAGAAUGUAAUAGAGAAAAGAUCAGCUGUGUUGGAGUGCGAAGUUUCUGAUUACAUAACUAAGAUGAAAUGGAGUAAGGGUGGAAAACCGCUGACUGAAAGUGACAAUAUAAGGAUGGAAAUAGACGGUCUGAAGCGACGUCUUAUAAUUGAAAAGGUUAAGAAGGAAGAUGCUGGUGACUACCUGGCAGAAUUUGAAGGCUUAAAGUCUGUAGCUAAACUAAAGGUUGAAGAUGCUCCCAAGUUUGCUUCACCAAUGAAACAAGCAGAAGGGUUUGUAGGCAAGGAUGCUGUCUUUGAAGCCCCAGUCACAAAUAAAGAUGUUGAUGUUCUCUGGGCUAAAGAUGGCAAAGCCAUUCAGCCUAGUGAUAAGUAUGAGAUCAUCAGUGAUGGAACGACUCGUAAGUUAAUUGUACAUGACCUUAAACCAGAAGAUGAAGGGGAGUACCUCUGUGGAAUGGAUGAAGAUACGCUGACAUCUGCCCCUCUUACAGUCAAUGAGCCUCCUAGAGCUGAAGUUCCUGAGGAAUUGAAAGACAUUGAAGUUGUAGCUGGCAAGCCAAUCUCCAUUGACAUCAGCAUCUUUGGAUCACCUCCUCCAAAGGUGCAAUGGCUCAAAGACGGUGUACCAGUAGUGCCUGACAGUCGCAUAAAAGUGGAAUGGGCUCCUGAGUAUGCAUCCAUUUUAAUAGAGAACUCUGAACGGGCAGACACUGGAGACUUCACACUGGUUCUGACAAAUCCACAUGGAGAAGAGAAAGUGAAUUUCAAGGCAACAGUAAUAGACAAACCUGCACCACCAAAGGAAGUUGUCAUCGAAUCAUAUGAUGAAAAGUCUGUAACUGUUGGAUGGAGUCCACCUGCUGACAAUGGAGGCAGUGAGGUCUCCCACUAUGUAGUAGAGUACAAAGAGGUAUUUUCUACUGAAUGGCUGGUUGGAUCUGAUAAGGAAACCGGAACGAAGUUGAAGAUUCCUAACCUGACUGAGAAGAAGGAGUACCAGUUCCGUGUUUCAGCAGUCAAUAAGGUUGGCCAGAGCAAACCUAAGGAUGCAAACAAGUCACAGGUUGUCAAGGAGCCAUUUGAUCCUCCAGAUGCGCCAGCACCGCCUGUUGUCACUGAGUGUCAUGAUGGUAGCAUUGGCUUGAAAUGGGAUGCUCCUAAAUUUGAUGGUGGCUGUCCAAUUCUUGGUUAUCUGUUGGAGAAAAAAGAACCAGGAUCAAGGCGAUGGACUAAAGUUAAUAAAGAGCCUAUCAAAGACAACGAAUUCCUUGUGAAGGAUCUGCCACAAGAUGGUGAGAUAGAAUUUCGUGUAGCUGCAGUAAAUAGAGCAGGCCCAAGUGAACCAAGUGAAGCCAGCAAACCAGCUAUUGCCAAGGAACCUAUUGAUCCAGCAACUCCUCCAAGUGAACUUAAGAUUGGUGAUGUUACCAAGAACUCAAUGGAGCUUAGCUGGACCAAGCCAGAAGAUGAUGGAGGCAGUCCAGUCAAAGGAUAUUAUGUAGAAAAGAAGAACCCCAAGACUGGUGAAUGGGAGCGGGUCAACAAAUACCCUCUCAAAGACACCAACAUGACAAUUCCUGACUUGGUAGAGGGUGAGGAAUAUGAGUUCCGGGUGCUGGCUGAGAACGAAGCUGGAAUGAGUGAGCCUAGUGAGGCAUCGCAACCAACUGUAGCCAAAGAUCCUGAAAUACCACCAUCGCUUGAAAUUGGUGAUUUGAAGGAUGUCACCAUCAAGGCCGGUAACAUGGUGAAAUUUGAAGUCAAAUUCAGCGGGAGUCCUCUGCCAACUUGCAUUUGGACCAAAGAUGAUGGACCGUUGCGAUCUGAUGACCAUGUUCGUGUAAAUACCAACAGCGUCCAGACUGCCGCAACCAUUGCUAGCUGUGAACGACAGGACACUGGAAAAUACAAGCUGUCGGUUUCAAACCCAUUUGGAACAGAAACUGCUGCUGUUACUCUUACAGUACUAGAUAAACCUGAGCCACCCGAAGGGCCUUUGGAAGCAAGUAAAGUAUUUGCUGACCAUUUGACAUUGUCAUGGAAUCCCCCAGCAGAUGAUGGUGGUGUUCCAAUCACUAACUACAUUGUUGAGAAAAGAGACACUCGCAGGUCCAAUUGGUCGGUGGUCAAUGACACAACACAAGAGACAUCAAUCCAGGUUCCUAAGUUGGUAGAAGGAGUUGAGUAUGCCUUCAGAGUACAAGCUGAAAAUGCUCAAGGAGUGAGCAAAGCAUUGGACAUGAUUCAACCAGUUGUUGCUAAGAACCCAUAUGUUGAGCCUGGUGCCCCAGGAACACCAGAGGUAGCUGACUAUGACCGAGACUUUAUCGAAUUGGCUUGGACUAAGCCUAAGAAUGAUGGUGGCGCCCCUAUCGAAGGCUACAUAGUUGAACGCAAGGAAAAGAAUAGUGUACGUUGGGUGGAAGUUACAGACAAACCAGUGAAAGGAGAAAAAAUGAAAGUAACGGAUGUAGUAGAGGGAAAAGAGUAUGAGUUCCGUGUUAGUGCCGUCAAUAAAGCUGGACCAGGCAAACCUAGCCAGGUAUCCACCUCACAGAAAGUUAAACCUAAAUUUGCUAAGCCAGAGGUGGAUCCAGAUGCCAUGAGAGAUCAGAAAGUACGUGCAGGACAGCAGUUCAAAAUUGAAGUACCAAUUAGUGGUGAGCCACCUCCAACAGUCGUAUGGAAGAAGGAUGGCAAGGAAGUGAAGCCAUCUGACCAUGUCAAGUUGGAGACUACUGACACAAAGGCCAUCUUGUGCGUUCCUGAUGCCAUUCGUGAUGAUUUUGGAGACUAUGAACUUGUCCUAUCCAAUGAUUCAGGAACUGUAUCAGAGAAAUGUAAAAUAAAUGUCCUAGAUAAACCAUCGCCACCAGAAGUUCCAAUUGAGAUCACAGAAAUCACAGCAAACACUUGCAAGUUGGCAUGGAAUCCGCCACUGGAUGAUGGUGGAAGUGAGAUCUCAAAUUAUAUUGUUGAGAAAUGCGAAAAUAAUGAUGGUGACUGGGAGAGAGUCAGUGGCUAUGUUAAUGCUACAACUCUACCAGUUUCCAAGCUGAAGAAAGGUUCUGCCUACAAGUUCCGUGUCUUUGCUGAGAACGGACAUGGAGGAGUCAGCAGCCCAUUGGAGUCAUCUGAAAUUAUUGCAAAGAACCCCUAUGAUGAGCCCGAUGCUCCUGGUAAGCCCAAGAUUGUGGCUUAUGAUCGUGAUCAUGUAGACCUGGAAUGGGCAUCUCCAAAAUCCGAUGGAGGGGACAAAAUCUUUGGCUACACUGUCGAAAGAAAAGAACCACAUGGCAACCGCUGGGUCAAGGUUAAUAAAAGUCCAGUCAUGGGAAAUAAAAUGACUGCUAAAGGACUCAUAGAGGGUAAGAAAUACCAAUUCAGGGUAGUUGCAGAGAACAGGGCGGGCUUGAGCAAACCUAGCGAAGAAUCUGAUGUUGUCACAGCAAAGCCUCAAUUCGAAAAGCCCAAGGUUGACACUAACCGAUUGCCUGCCAAGGAGAUCAGAGUACGAGCAGGAGAAUCAUUUGACUUUAAAGUUCCAUUUGUUGGAAGCCCGCCACCAACGGCUACAUGGUACAAAGAUAACCGUGAACUAAAACAGUCUGAUCGUGUGUCUGUUGAAACCAGUGAGACAGACACAGUUAUCUAUAACAAGAAAGCUGAGAGAGGUGACAGUGGUAAUUACAAGAUUAAUCUGGAGAACAACAGAGGAUCUGAUUCAGUCAAUGUCAAAGUCACAGUUAUAGACAAGCCAACAGCACCAAGAGGACCAAUCGAGUACUCUGAACACACAAAAUCAACCGUCAGGUUGUCGUGGGAGGAACCUGAGGAUGAUGGUGGCUGCCCCAUCACUGGAUACAUGGUCGAAGCAACUGAAGCAGGUCGUGACCACUGGUCUUUAGUAACCAGCAGUGUACACUCCACCAACUACACAGUUCAUGACCUCAUUGAGCACCAGAACUACAAGUUCCGUGUUUCAGCAAGUAACCAGUGCGGAACUGGCCCACCUCUUGAAGGCAGACCGGUUACAGUCAAACUUCCAUUUGAUGAGCCAGGAUCUCCCAGUGUUCCUGUUGUUGAAGAAAUGACCAAAAGCUCUGCUACAGUUGCUUGGACUCCUCCAGAGAAUGAUGGCGGCAGCCCAGUGACAGGCUACCUUGUAGAAUACAAAGAACCAGAGAGUAAUAAAUGGCUCAAAGCAAACAAUUUUCCGUUGAAGGACAACCAGCUGACAAUUCCCGGCUUAAGUGAAGGAAAAGAGUAUGAGUUCCGUGUUACUGCAGAGAAUGAGGCUGGCCUUGGAAAACCAAGUCGGGCCUCAGCACCUGUAGUAGCUGAAGAUCCAAUUGAAACUGCUGAUGCACCUGGUAAACCAACCCUUUCCAAGAUUCGUAAAAAUUCUGCAAAAGUUAAUUGGACAACACCAAUGUCUGAUGGUGGAGCUAAGAUUACUGAUUAUGUCGUGGAGAAAAAGAAACCUGGCACAAAGGAUGAGUGGCAAGAGGCUGUUGUAGUCCCAGCAACUGAAAAUUCAGCGAUUGUACCAGAUCUCGUCGAAGGGGAGCAGUAUGAAUUCCGUGUCUUGGCAAAGAAUCAAAAAGGUUUGGGCAAACCCAGCAAAUCAACUGGUGUGAUUACUGCCGAAGAUCAUCCAGAGGCACCCCAGCUUGACAUUGGAGAACUCACUGACAUUAAGGUCAAAGUUGGAGAACCUUUUAAAAUGUGUCUGAAAUUCACUGGUAUACCUUUGCCAGUGAUCCAAUGGAGUCUUGAUGGCAAAAAUGUGACAGAAGACGGCAGCAGGAAGACGAUCACGAACACAAGCACCGAGACCAAGUUUGUAGUGGAAAAGGCAAAGAGGUGUGAUGCUGGCCGCUAUACGGUGUCACUCAAAAAUCCUUCAGGUUCUGACAGUGCCAGAGUUAAAGUGACUGUAUUCGGCGUCCCUGAUGCACCUGAAGGACCUGUUGAGAUCAGUGAUGUUGGCCCUGAUACAGUCACUCUCAGCUGGAAGCCGCCAACCCAUGGUAAAGAAGAUGUUGACAACUAUGUUGUGGAGAAGAAACCUGUUGCUGCAGAUAACUGGGAGAAAGUGAGCGGUUUUGUCCCUGGAACUACCUUCAAAGUGCGUAAAUUAGACGAAGGCACUGAAUAUGAAUUCCGUGUGAAGGCAGAAAAUUCAUUUGGCGAGAGUGAACCGCUGAAAACAGAAUCUGUAGUAGCUAAAAACCCAUUCGAUGCACCAGGAGCACCUGGAACCCCAGUUGCCAAAGAUACUGAUAAAACUGCCAUCACCAUCUCGUGGACACCACCUAAAAGUGAUGGUGGUAGCCCAAUCACUGGCUACGUUGUAGAGAAAAGAGAGGCUGGCGCAAGCCGCUGGGCCCCAGCAAGCAGAGCUCCAAUUCGUGACACCUCAUUUACUGUUAGUAAACUGACAGAAGGCAAAGAGUAUGAAUUCAGAGUAAAAGCACAGAACAAAGCUGGAGAUGGAAAGCCUAGCGAGACGUCUGCUGCCAUCACUGCUGCUCCCCCUGCAACUAAGCCACGAGUCCCCAGUGAUGCCCGUUUCAAGGAGAUCAGAGCUCGGGCUGGAGAGCAGUACCGUAUCGAAAUUCCAUUUACAUGCAGUCCAGUUCCAACUGUCACAUGGACAAAUGAUGAUAAGGGAAAAACAGCUGUAGAGGCUUCCGCAAGGAUCAAAUUUGAGACUAACCCAGAAGAGACUGUACUGAUUAAUACAAACGCACGUCGUGAUGACACAGGCAAAUAUACCGUCACCUUGAAAAACCCGAAAGGAGAAGAUUCUGUAGCAGUUAGGGUUACUGUAUUUGAUAAACCAAGCUCACCAGAAGGUCCUUUGGAGGCUUCUGACAUAACGGCUGAGUCAGUCAAGUUGUCAUGGAAACCUCCAAAGGAUGAUGGUGGAACCGACGUAAGCAACUACGUUGUAGAGAAAAGUGAGGAGGGUUCAGGUGUCUGGACCAAGGUCAGCAGUUUUGUUCGUAGUCCCAACUACGAAGUGACUGGAUUAGAAGAGGGUGUGUCAUAUAAUUUCCGAGUGGCAGCUGAAAAUGAGUUUGGUGUCAGUGAACCGCUUGUAAAAGCUGUGUCGGUCACAGCCAAGAAUCCCUACGAUAUUGCUGAUAAGCCUGGUAAGCCAGAGGUAGAGGAUGUUGAUAAAGGCUAUGUGAAAUUGGCAUGGAAAGCCCCGGCGUCAGAUGGUGGUAGUAAGAUUACCGGCUACAUUGUAGAGUCUCGCAAAAACGAUUCAGAUUGGUCACAGUGCAAUAUCUACCCAGUGAAGGAAUGUUCAUUCAGUGUUGGUAGUCUUGAUGAGAAUGCUGAGUAUGAGUUCAGAGUACGUGCUAAGAAUGCAGCAGGCUUGAGUCAACCCAGUGCCUCAUCUGAUGCUGUCUUUCCCAAGUCUGCCUGCGUUCCUCCUGGUAAACCAGGAACGCCUCAAAUUGGCCAGGUGACACAGACGACAGUUGAACUGAACUGGACCAAACCAGUGUCUGAUGGAGGCAGUAGAAUCACUGGUUAUGUUGUUGAGUUGAAGCCAGAUGACUCUAGUGAUUGGGUGAAAGCUAACAAAUACCCUGUCAAGGAUUGUCACUUUACAGUUGAUGACCUCACUCAAGGCAGACAGUAUGAGUUUAGAGUAAGAGCUCAGAAUGAAGCUGGAGUUGGUGAGCCAAGUAAGGCAAGCCAACCUGUUGUCCCCAAGGCAGCAGUAGUUGGAUCAGCACCUUAUUUUGAUAAACCAAUUGAUGAUACAUCAGUACCAGAGGGAGAAACAGCCAAAUUUGAAUGCAAAGUGGUCGGCAAACCAAUGCCUCAAGUUAAAUGGUACAAAAAUGGUAUUGAAUUAUACUCUGGUUACCGUGUACACAUGAGAGAAAAUGACAACACAUUUACAUUGGUAUUGGAUGAUGUCCAGGAAUCUGACAAAUCAGAGAUAACUUGUGAAAUCUCAAAUAGAAACGGCAGGGAAAAAUGUUCAGCAAAACUAAAUGUAGAAGUUCCACCAAAAAUAGCUGGACCUCCCCGUGAUGUCCAAGUUGAAGCUGGAUCUCCAUUUAAGGUUAAAGUUCUAUUUGAUGGAAAAGGCAAAAUUAAUGCCCGUUGGUUCAAAGAUGGAGAACCAGUAGAAGCGGAUGCACGUAUAAAGCAGGUAGUUUUUGAUGACUAUGUCAUGUUUACUGCGAGGGAAGCUGCACCAGAUGAUGCUGGAGACUACAAGGUAGUUGUUGGCAAUGAUGUCGGUGAUGACAGUGUAACAUUUACUGUAGAUAUUUUAUCUCCACCUGGACCACCAGAGAACCUGGAUGUUGGGAGAGUUACAGACACUUCUAUUACUAUUGCAUGGAAACCACCAAAGAAAAAGGGAGGUUGUCCAAUUAAGAACUAUGUUGCAGAACGUAAGGAAGAUGGCACAGAGGCAUGGAUUACUGUUGGUAGCUUUUUGAAAGACACAACAUACAUUGUACAAGGUCUUACCACUCAUAAAUUGUACCAUUUGCGAGUCAGUGCUGAGAAUGAUAUUGGUAUUGGUGAACCAACUGCAACAAGUUCUGCAAUCCUAGCAAAGAACCCAUUUGAUGCACCAAGCAAGCCUGGUGUACCUGAUGUAACAGAGGUUGGUAAAGACUUUGUGAACCUGACAUGGACUCGUCCAGAUUCUGAUGGUGGAAGACCAAUCUUAGGAUACUUUGUUGAAAAAUCUGAAGCAGGCACUGGUAGAUGGGUUCGUGUAAAUAAUAAUCCGGUAGUAACACUAUCGUACAAUCUUCCAAAUCUAAUUGAAGAUCGCAAUUACGAGUUCCGAAUAUUUGCUGUGAAUGAAGGAGGACUGAGUGAGCCCUCAACAGCCAGUACUGCUGUCAAAAUCAAAGAUCCUAAAGAGGUUAUUAGGCCCAGAAUACUGAAACAUAUGCAGGAAACGACAGUGGAACAAGGCAAACCCGCUGUAUUUGAGGUGUCUUACACAGGCAAACCAAAACCAGACAUACGAUGGUUCAAAGGUCAGAGAGAACUAUAUUCCAAUGAUAAGUACCUGAUAUCUUUUGAUGAUGACAAAUGUAUAUUAAAUAUUAGUCAAGUGUUUGGAGAGGAUGGUGAUGAAUAUUCAUGUGAGAUCAGUAACAUUGGAGGCAAGAAGUUCAGCCGAGCUGAUCUUAUUAUCAAAUGUCCACCAAAAAUAAAAUUACCCCCACGCUUUAGAGAUGUUGUGUAUGUUGAAAAAGGACAACCAAUUAAACUAAAAAUCCCAGUCACUGGUCUACCAAAGCCAAAAUGCUCAUGGUCCAAAGAUGGCCAGAACGUUAACCGAGGCGUGGAGUCGGCUGAUCGCUAUUCUACGUUGACAAUAGACAGGACAGAUCGCCCACACUCAGGCAUGUACAAGAUAACGGCUGAGAACGCGUUGGGCAAGGAUUCGGCCACGAUCAAUGUCCAAGUCUGUGAUGUACCAGGCCCCGUUGCAAACUUCAGAGCUCAGGAUGCCACUUUUGAAUCUGUGGAGUUAACAUGGAACACACCAUCAGAUGAUGGUGGCAGUCCUAUCUUAGGAUAUGUUGUUGAGAAGAAACCAGAAAACAUGGACAGUUGGAGCAGGGCUGCCUCAACCUCAAUGACCUCUUGUAUGGCCAGCAUGCUGGAAAGUAACAUGCCGUACAAGUUCAGAAUCCGUGUGGAUAAUGUUCACGGCUCAAGCGAGUAUGUAGAAGUCUCGCAUACCAUAAGUAUACCAGAACCUGAAAGUCUUAUCACAAAACGUGUAGUAAUUGAAGAAGAAUCAUCAGAAGCUCCAUCGCGAGUACCCAGAGUGUCUGACUAUGAUAAUAUUGUUGACUUGGAUGAUCCAUUUGUUAGAAGGAAGGUAAAACCAAGGAAAUCAGAUGUUGAGAGUAAAUAUUACAUUGGUGAAGAGCUGGGAAGAGGUGACUUUGGUGUUGUAUAUAGAGCAGUGGAGAAGGCCACAGGCAAGAACUUUGCAGCAAAAUUCAUAGAUGUUGAGCCAGCUGACUUACCUUCCCUUCGCAAAGAAGUUGAGGCCAUGACAAACAUGCAAUUCCCAAGGCUACAGCAGCUACAUGAUGUCUUUGAGACUGAUGGCAAAAUGGUCCUUAUUCUGGACUUUUUGUCUGGUGGUGAUGCAUUCCAACGCUGCCUGAACAAAAACUAUGUAUUAACAGAAGCUGAAGUGGCUAUGUAUACCAAACAGGUGUGUGAAGGCUUAAAUCACAUCCAUACAAGAAAUUACAUGCAUCUGGCACUUAAGCCUCAAAAUGUCUUGUACGAAACAAAGCGUAGCAGUGCAGUAAGAAUGAUCGACUUUGGUAUGGCAACCAAGUUAGACCCCGACCAGAGAGCAAAAUUGGCACAAGGAUCCACAGACUUCCUGGCACCAGAAGUCAUUGAGGGCUCCGAGGUUGGAUUUUGUACUGACAUGUGGACAGUUGGUGUCAUUUGCUAUAUGCUGUUGAGUGGUUUGCAUCCAUUCGAUGGUGAUAAAGACAAGAUUAGCAGCUGUAGAUGGCAAUUUGACAAAGAGGCUUUCAAACCAAUUUCUGAUGAAGCUAAAGAUUUCAUUGAAAGAUUGCUCAUCAAAGAUAAGGACAAAAGAAUGGCAGCUCACGAGGCGUUGGAGCAUCCAUGGCUAAAGGAUCCAGACCGAGGAGCUAAAACUAAAAUUCCAACUGACAGGCAUCGUAGCUUGUUAGAAGGCAGGCCGUGGUUGGCUGGAACAUCUGUUGUAGGUAUUGGUCGAUUGGGUGACAACAGUGGUCAUCGACGUCGACGUCCCCUCAAGGAUGACUUUGUUGUAGAGUGUGGUAUCAGUCGAAAGGAUGCUAGGCCCAGAUUUAUCAAGAGACCACAUGAUAUGAUGGUGAAGGAAGGAGGAGAUGUGAGUUUAGAGUGUCAAAUAGCAGCAGCAUCAGCUCCACUUAUUACAUGGUGGCGUGAUGAUGUUGAGUUGAAACAGAGCUUAAAGCACAAGAACAAGCAAGAUGGGCUUAGGUACUGCCUACAAAUAGGACUCAGUGUACUUGAAGACAAUGGUGAAUACACCGUAAAAGCAAAGAACUCGUUUGGAGAAAUUGAACAUAAAGUGAAAGUGCAAGUUUUACCUGAUCCUCUGAAAAGACAGGAUGACUCAUCGAGUAUCAAAAGAACCUUUGUUCCUAAAGUAUUUGCGGAAGAGAUUCGGGAUUGCAAAGCCAUGUUCACAUUCCGAUUACGCAACAGAAACAUUCAAUUGCACGAUACCGUUAAAUUGUCCUGCAUUGUAGAAUCUAUUCCAGAAGCUAAGCUUACAUGGAUGGUGAAUGACAAAGAAAUUACAAAGGGCUCCUCUGAUUAUAGUAUUGGUUUUAUACACAUCUAG